AUGAAGUCGCCACCGCUCGACCCUCGCGUUCUUGCGAAUGUGGUGACUUCGUAUGAUGGGGAGACACUGCAGGUUCCAGACUGUGAUGUGCCAGUGUACCAUGGCAAGGGAAGACUGGAGUUCAAGACGGGGUUCACGUACACUGGGGACUUUGUUCAUGGUAGAAUGCACGGUACGGGACACAUUGAGUGGCUCACUAGCGGUGUAGUGUACGAAGGGGAGUUUGCUCGCAACGAGAUCACUGGGAUAGGAACGUAUUGGUGGCCCAAUGGCAGCUCGUACGUCGGAGAUGUCAAGUGUGGCAAGCGACACGGUCACGGAGUUUUCGUUACUGGAGACCAUGUACCGAAGCCGCUUCUGUUUGCCUUCCACUCUCCGGAAUAUCAGGGUGGAGGUGGCGAAAGUCUUGAGGAGAUGAAUGGCGGAGAGGGUGUUGUAGUAGCUCAGAGUAAUGCUCGUUAUGACGGUGAAUGGGAGAAUGGACUACCUCAUGGCUACGGCGAGCUAACGUUCGAUGCUGCACGUAACAUUCGGUACGAGGGUCAGUUUCUAGAGGGAAAGCGAGAGGGGAGAGGACACAUGCACUACGCUGACGGAAGUGUGUAUGCGGGAGACUGGAAAGCUGACGUCAAAAGUGGACAAGGAGUUAUGACGUGGAUGACUACGCGAGGUGCUGACGAAGUUUCAAGCGCUAACGCCACACCGCUUGAGAGAUAUGAUGGUGAAUGGGAGAACGACUGCCAGGAGGGCUUUGGUCGACACGUGUGGCUCGUAAAUCCACUCAGCGGAUCGAGUAACAAGAACUGGUACGAAGGUGAGUUCCACGAGGGACUACGCCAUGGACGUGGCGUCUUCUUCUACGCCAAUGGCGCCCGGUAUGAAGGCGAAUGGAAAGCGAACGUCAAAGAUGGCUACGGUCUCUUCUUCUACGAAGACGGACGUGUUUUCGUUGGACUAUUUCGUCAAGACCGCAGUGUCGAAGGCUCCUACGCGACAGCAGCAACCGCAGGUCUUAGCACUCCAGUCCCUGUCGAAUCUUCAACAGCAACAUCGCCGUCUCAACCACCGAACAGUGCUGGGAUCAUGUUGUAUAUCAACGAUCUACUUCCGAUCACGGAUGUUCCAAGACGCGAAAAGGCUCGUAAGGCUGUUGAACAUGCUGCUCUACGCAUCAACACCGAGUUGCGUGCGCUGUAUCGGGAGUGUAUCAAACAAUCUCGUCGCUCUUUAGCUCCCGGUUCUAAUGACGCGGACGAUCCAGGAACGCUUCUUGAACUCUUCGAGUGUCGCCAACUACUUUCCCAAUGUGGCUUCUACUUCACCAGCGGACAACUCGAAACGUAUCUAAAACAUGUCCGUAAGGCACAGCGAGCUGGAGCUCUAGCCAUCGCGUCUUCCCUCAACAUUACUGAGCACUUCCUGGACGACCUACCUACCGAAAACCGCCUCAAACAUCCUAUAGACCCCAGUCGCCUUGAGGUCGUUCCUUGGGACGAACAACUUCUCUUUAGGGAAUUCGUUGAGCUGCUAGUUCGUAUCGGGUACGCGUGGGUUACGACCGCAGAGACGGACGGCAUGAUCACACUCUCUGGAAGCCUCGACAGUGCUGUGUUUCUCGUCGACGUCUUCUCCGACGUGUACGACCAGAUGAUGCGUGGACGGCAAAAAACUUUAAGUCAAAGCUCACCAACAUGGCUCUCGCUUCUGCGAGUCGAGCUUAUGGACAAGAACCUUCACAGUAUCUUCACUAAACACCACGACCAUCUUCAACAACUAUACAAUAACUGCAUUACCCCUUCCGUACUACGACAAGAUGAAGACGUAUCGGAGCAGGAAUUCUACACCCCGAUAGACAAGACCGAACCUGACGUGUCCGUUCGAUCGGUGCUCGUCAUGCUUCGUAAUGAGCCUCCAGUCGACACGCCAAUCUUUACACCAGAGUUCCGGAUCCACGACGUUCUUUCAGCGCUAAACAGAGCGUUCACCGCGUCGUCCCCGCCACUGAACGCUGAGCUUCUUCGAAGUGUCGCGUCGGGAUGUAGCUCAAGCGACAACCAGGAUAGUGAACCGGAUGCCUUCUUCAUGGGCACCACGUUGGUCUUCUCGGAGUUCUUGGACGCGAUUGCAACUGUGCUCUUCACCAAGCAACACACGGCGUUGACGAACACCCGACAGACUACUGAGGAGCUUCCUCUCUGUGUGUUGGUGGACCAAUUCAUGCAGUCAAUGAAGAUGGAAGCUCAUCGCGUGGUAUAA